AUGAAGGCGGCCACUCUCCUCUGCUUUUUCACAUUCCUCUUUGCAUCAAUAGCUUGCCGCUACCCUGCGAAGCAAUUCAGCCUCUGCCUCGGCCACUUGCCUUGCAAAGUGGAAUGCAAGACAGAUUUGCGCGGGAACGCCAUUGAGGUCUCUGCGGGCUUUGGCCCAUCGCUCACCUACUUCUCACUUGGCCCGCACAUUAACAGCAAAGAGGCCUACUGUGGCACUCCGAAGACCGAACCCCAAGUCACUUGCCACGCUGUGACAGACUUCUUCUCGCCGGAUCAUGUUGUGAGUUGGCUAUGGACUCUGCGAGACUUACCCAUCACGAACAGCGUGGGCGGUCAGCAAGAUAUCAUCAAAAAGUGUUGCAAAGUGAACAUGCUACGUCGCUACAAGGUGGACUGGAUCACAGGCGACCAUGAAGAACUAGACCCCCCGGUGACAGCACAAUUCGAAUGCUCGGGAGACUAUUUCGUUCCCGAACAUUAUGCCUUUUGCAGGAGUAUCUUCCCCGGCCAGCACACGAGCAAGUGUGAGCUACUCGAUCGAUGCGGUGUCGUCAAAGCGUCCGUUCUCAGCUGCGGUAAAUGCGUAUGGCGAGUGGAUGUGAAUCUCGUCUUCUCUGAAGUCCCACUGGCCGGUGAUGACGUCCAAGUCGACCUCGAACUUUCUCUCGACAGUGCAACAAGCUUCGACGAUCUCUACAAGGACGUUCCAUCAGAUGUCGAUACGCAAUAUCGUCCGAUCGGCCUACCUGAGAACCUUCCAAUGUCUUCUCCAGGUAUCGUCCAAUCACCUCGCAUGACGUACUUGUAG